CUCGCCCAGUCCGGGGUCGCCCUCUCUCAGCGCGCCGCGCUUGCCCUCAGCCCCAGUGAUGCUCCGCUCCGCCCUGCGCUCGUUCUCGUCCUCCUCCACCACCACCCGCCGCACCUUCAGCCGCUCAGCCAUCAUGUCGGUCCCUAUCCCCAACGACUUUAACAAGGACCUCUAUGUCCCGCUCGCCCAGGCCGACCCAGAGAUCCAGGCGCUCGUCGACCGCGAGACCUACCGCCAGUUCCGCGGUCUCGAGCUCAUCGCCUCGGAGAACCUGACGUCGCUCGCCGUCAUGGAGGCCAACGGCUCGAUCUUCACGAACAAGUACUCGGAGGGUCUGCCCGGCGCGCGCUACUACGGCGGCAACGAGGUCGUCGACGAGCUCGAGGUCCUGUGCCAGAAGCGCGCGCUCGAGGCGUUCCACCUCGAGCCCAAGACGUGGGGCGUCAACGUCCAGCCGUACUCGGGCUCGACCGCCAACUUUGCCGCGUUCACGGCCCUCAUCCAGCCGCACGACCGCAUCAUGGGCCUCGAGCUCGCCCACGGCGGUCACCUCACCCACGGCGCCUUCACCCCGAAGCGCAAGAUCUCGGCGUCGUCCAUCUACUUCGAGCCGCUCCCGUACCAGGUCGACCCGGUCACGGGCCUGAUCGACUACGACGCGCUCGAGAAGAACGUCAAGCUCUUCAAGCCGAGGAUCAUCAUCUGCGGGGCGUCGGCGUACCCCAGGGACUGGGAGUACGCCCGCCUCCGCGCCCUCGCCGACAUCAACGGCUCGUACCUCAUGAUGGACAUGGCGCACAUCUCGGGCCUCGUCGCGGCCCAGGUCCAGAACGACCCGUUCGAGCACUGCGACAUCGUCUGCACGACCACCCACAAGACCCUUCGUGGCCCGCGUGCCGGCCUCAUCUUCUUCCGCAAGGACAAGGAGGCCGACCUCGAGAAGCGCAUCAACGACGCCGUCUUCCCGGCUUGCCAGGGUGGCCCGCACAACAACACGAUCGCUGGUAUCGCCGUCGCCCUCAAGCAGGCCGCGACGCCCGCCUUCCGCGAGUACGCGACGCAGGUGAUCAAGAACACGCAGACGAUCGGCGAGGAGCUCGUCAAGCACGACUACAAGCUCCAGACGGACGGCACCGACAACCACCUCGUCCUGUGGGACCUUCGUCCUCUCGGCCUCACCGGCUCCAAGAUCGAGAAGAUCUGCGACCUUGCACACAUCACGCUCAACAAAAACUCUGUCCCGGGCGACAAGUCGGCGGCGACGCCGGGCGGUGUCCGGAUCGGGUCCAACUCGCUCACAUCGCGGUCCAUGUUCGAGCCCGAGAUGCGCACCGUCGCCGACUUCCUGCACCGCGCCGUCCAGAUCGGUCUCCAGGCGCAGAAGGAGGCCGGGUCCAAGCUCCUCAAGGACUUUGUCGCGCGCCUCCAGGGCGACGGCGAGGCGGCAAAGGCGCUCGCCCAGUUGACCAAGGACGUGCACGAGUUUGCCGAGCGCUUCCCGCUCCCGGGCGUGCCCGACUCGGCGUCGAUCAAGCGCGUCGAGUAGAGCCGUCGCAUCGUCCCUCCUUUUCUCUCUCGGUCGUCGUCGUCGUCGUUCUCUCCCUCUCUCUCUCUCGCGGUUCAACACCUGUCUCUCUCUCUCUCUCUUCCCUCCCUUUCGUUACCCCUUUGUCUCGUCUAGUCCCUCCCCCCGCAUGUGCAACCAAGACUUCAACAGAGCUGUUCAA